AUGUCCCCCGCGGCCACCGCGUGCGCCACGCCGUCGGCGGCGCGCCCGCCCCUCAACACGGUCCCGACCCGCCGCUCGCCGCCCUCUGCCGCGCGCCCGCCAUCGGCCACCCCCGCCCGCCGCGCCUCCGGCUGCUGCUUCUGCGCCGCCGCCGCCUCCUCGGCAUCGUCGCCCUCCACCUGGGACUGGACCCGAUGGAGCCGCCACUUUGACGAGGUCGGCCAGGCCGAGAGCUACGCGUCCCUCCUUCAGUUCCAGCUGGAGGAGGCGGUGGAGAACGAGGAUUUCGCGGAGGCCGCCAAACUCAAGAGAGACAUCAUAGAGGCCACCGGAAACGAUGCCGUAGCCCACGUCAUGGCCGAGCUCAAGAGUGCUAUAGAGGAGCAGCGGUACCAGGACGCGUCCAGGUUGACAAGGCUUGCUGGGACCAGCUUGGUAGGUUGGUGGGUGGGAUAUGCUAAGGACACUGAUGAUUCCAUUGGGAGAAUCGUAAGAAUAAGCCCUGGUGUCGGGAGAUAUGUGGCCAAGAGCUACAGCCCAAGGCAAUUGGUCACUGCAUCUUCAGGGACUCCAUUAUUUGAAAUUUUCCUUGUCAGAGAAGAUGACGAGACAUAUACAAUGAAGGUGGUACACUUUGCGACCAACAAAAGGAACUUCAGGUGCAUCAUCCAUAUCAUCAACAAUAACAGAAAGCCCAACAAAGAGGAGGCAAACACGGAUACUCCAGUAAAAGGAAAUGAGGAUGCUGAAGAGAAAGAGCAAGAUGUUGGUAGCAGCAAGGAUAGUAGUGUCGAAGGAUUAAAAAGUGUUUUGAAUUUUUUUAAGUCUCGAAUUCCAGAAUUCAAAGUUCAGGUGAUAAAUGUUGAUGUGGCUGAGGAAACUGAAUUGGCUGCAAAUUCGUCCGAAGAAUUAGUGCAAGAUGAUGUGAAGAGUACUCCAGAAAGCUCAUUGGAAGAGCCAACCACUGAGGAACUUGAGCAGGAGGAAGAUGUUCCAGAAGAAGAUAUGGAUGAAGAAAGUAAAAGUACGGAAGUGAAGCUUUUUAUUAGUGGAGUGGUUCACAAUAAAGAAGAUGCUGGAGCAAAAUCAUAUGUUCGAGUUCCAGCUGAAAUAAAUGACAUGGAAAAAGACUCCUUUGAACUGUACAUUCCUGGAAAAGAUUCUGAUCGUGAUCUGCCUGAAACAAAGGCUGCAAAACAGAAAGUUGCAGAUAUGGCUGCUAAAUUAGCCUCAGAGCUUAUGCCGUCUGAUGUUGCCAAGGCGUUAUGGGGUACAACCAAGAGUACUUCAAAGAUAAAUAAAGAAGUUCAGGAGCUUUUAAGGCUUACAUUAAGCAAGGCCCAAGUCAAGCUGACCGAGAAUACCAUUUUUAAUCGGAUCAUUAUGGACACUAACAGCACGGAUCCAUUUAAUGGUCUCUAUGUGGGAGCAUUUAGUCCAUAUGGACCAGAAAUUGUGCAGCUCCGUCGGAAGUUCGGCCACUGGAAUAGUACUGAUGACGUUGAGUUUUUCGAGUAUGUCGAAGCAGUAAAGUUGACUGGUGAUCUGAGUGUCCCUGCUGGCCAGAUAACGUUCCGUGCAAAGAUUGGGAAGGGCAAGCGACUUGAGAAUCGGGGCUCAUAUCCAGAGGAAUUCGGUGUGAUUGCCAGUUAUAAAGGUCAGGGCAGAAUAGCUCAGCCUGGAUUCAAAAAUCCUCGAUGGGUGGAUGGCGAGCUGUUAGUGCUCAGUGGCAAGAGUACAAUUCCACACCUUGGAGGCGCAGAGCUUGGUUUCCUGUACAGCGUACCUGAGCAGAGUUUUCUGGUUCUCUUCGAUCGGCUUAACCUUCCGGAGUGA